AUGUCUCUCUUCAGAACUGUUCCCACUGCCGGAGACUUCUCUCCUCUCUUCCGCCUCUUGGAUGACUACGACACCCACCGCUCCACCAAAAGCCAAAACACUGUGCGCUCCUUCGCUCCUCGCUUCGACGUCCGCGAGAGCAACGACGCCUACCACCUAGACGGUGAACUUCCGGGCAUUCCGCAAAACAACAUCGACAUCGAGUUCACCGACCCCCAGACCUUGGUGAUCAAGGGCCGCGCUGAGCGAGAAUACCAAUCCGCCAACGCCGACCAGCAGGCCCGGGUUGAGACUGAAUCGCCGACUCCCGAUGAGGAAAGCGAGGUCACCAAGGUCUCUGGCGAGAAGCGAGUUUCCACCACCAAAACCAGCAACAAGCCUCGCUACUGGGUUAGCGAGCGCUCUGUCGGCGAAUUCCAGCGCACCUUCAACUUCCCGACUCGUGUCAACCAGGACGAUGUCAAGGCAAACCUGAACAAUGGCAUUCUCUCUCUUGUCGUGCCUAAGGCUGCGCCCCCGACCUCGAAGAAAAUCACCAUUCAGUAA